UUGAUGAAAUCUGUGUUUUCCACAUUAGUCAUAAAAAUACAAUUUUAUCAUCCGUAGCGCAUGAUUCAACGUGACUUUGUACAAAAUAAUGUUAAUUUAUAUCAGCGAAUGUAAAACUGUAUGAUGAGAAGCGGUCAUUGUAAACAAUAAAGCGUGUAUAAUGGAUUGUGAAAGGAAUACCAAAUAUCAUACAUACGAAGAACCCACGGACGAGAAUGGAUAUACACAUCUUGCUUCCAUAUCAGAUCAUUCUCGAAAGUAUGACGACUUGAAACCAUCAUUGUCGCAUCACUCAUAUUUCGAACCUCAACCAGAUCCUCAAGCAUACAAAAAACAUGAAGAUGAGAAGGUAAAAUUGGAUAUAUCUGUUAUUUCUGAUAACAAAUCAAAGUGUCGUAUAAAGUUAUGGAUAGCGUUCACCACUGUCAUUUUAUUAGCAUGUGUAUUGACAGCUGUGCUGACGUACAUUGUAAUACAAUCUCGAUACAACACGAAAGUGUAUAUUCCUUCAAAAGAAAGCAGCAAUAACGGAAAUGAAAAAGUUUUCCAGCUAUCAGAAAUUAGGGCAGAAUGUCCAAAUGACUGGCAGAAGUUCAAUAAUUGGUGUUACAAAGAGUUUUCAGAACGGCGAACAUGGUUUCAGGCUCGUGACUAUUGUCGAAGUAUUGGAACUGAUCUUGUAAGUGUUCAUAAUGAAAGGGAAAGCAGUUUUCUAAACAACAAUUUUACAUUGACUUUUAUGUGGAUAGGACUCAGCAAUUUUCAACACAAUGGGAGGUAUGUCUGGAGUGACGGAACGAUUUUGAAUUAUACUGAUUGGGGACCAUCAGAACCGAAUAACGUCAAUAAUAACGAAAACUGCGCGCAGACAUACUAUCGAAAGUGGAAUGACAACAAUUGUUUUAUGUCGUUCAGAUUUAUAUGCAAAAUGCAAAUAAAUCCAAGGUGUGGGCCAGGUGAUUGGAUAUAUUAUAAGAAUUCUUGUUAUUUAAUUGAUAUAUCACAGGCUAAUUUCACUGAAGCCCGUAGCUAUUGUAAGAUCAAUGAUGCAGAUUUAGUUAUCAUUCGUUCGAAAGAGGAAUACAAUUUUAUAGUAAGUCACACGUCUAAACAAUCAUCGGGUGGUGAUUUUUGGAUUGGAUUACAGAAACUAAGGAAUCAGACAUACACAUGGAUAGAUGGCAGUAAUCCUACGUACCUUCCCUGGCGUAAGGAACCCCAAGGAGAUAAUGAUUUUUGUAUUAAAUCAUCUUUCUCUCAUGGAACAUGGUCUGGUGAUAAUUGCAAAAAUACUAAUCGCUUUAUUUGUGAAAAACAAUUACUUUGAAUUGUACUAACGUUGAAAAGUAGAAAAAUGAUGUAGCUACACAAUACCUGGAAAAUUUAUGUAUUUUCAAAAAAAGUUAUAUAAGUGAA